AUGAGGAAACCUUGGGAGAAAGCUCUGAUUGUUAAACUCCUUGGGAAGAAAAUUGGGGUGGAGUUUAUGAAGAAAAAAAUAAAUGUCUUAUGGGCUAGAAAAGGCAAAAUCAAUGUCACUGAUAUUGGUAAUGACUUUUUCGUAGUCCAGUUUAGUGAGAAGGAUGAUCUCAAUUUUGCGUUGAACGGUGGUCCAUGGAUUGUUUUAGGUCAUUAUUUAUCGUUGAGGAAGUGGGAACCAACUUUCAGACUUAAUAGUGCUGGAAUUGCUAAGAUUGCUGCUUGGAUUCGUCUACCGGAUAUUCCCAUUGAAUUCUAUGAUGAAGCUUUUUUUAGAAGGAUUGGAAACUGGUUAGGCAAGAUGAUCAAGGUAGACAGCAAUACAAAUGCUCAUGUAAGAGGACGAUUUGCAAGAAUAUGUGUGGAACUGGACCUAUCUCAGCCAUUAAAGGGUGAUUAUGUGCUGGAAGGAUUUACCAAACAAAUUGAGUAUGAAGGAUUAGGGCUCAUUUGUUUUGGUUGUGGGAAAUAUGGACAUAGCACCGAGAAUUGUUCAGCUGCUCCAAAGCAACGCAGUUCAUCCGAUAUUCAUAAUGACGAUCAAAUUCAUCAAGAGGAACCUAGCAACUCAGAAUUCCAUCGAAGCAAAGGAUUGGGACCUUGGAUGGUUGUUAACCGUCAACGCAGGAGCCAGCAACCUCCUCAGACGGCCGGUGCAGUCCAGCCAGGCACUGGUUCAAAAACGUUACAAAGGAAUAAUGAUAAAUGA